GUGUCGGCGGGAAUAAUCGCCGCGGCAAUGGCAGGAAUGCACGCCAGACUGUUCGUCGGCAGAAGUAUUAAUAUUUUUGGCAGAAAGGAAAUUUUCUAUGAUUUUGUCAAGUCAAUAGUAACCAGCUCUCGUAUAACAUCAGACAAAAAUGUGAAGAUGACUGGUCUGUCAAAGCAGUAUCUCUCAAUAAAGAACAAAUAUCCUGAAUUCAUUGUACUCUUUCAAGUUGGUGAUUUUUAUGAAAUCUACAGUAGUGAUGCUGUGAAAGUUGCAGAGAAAACAUCUCUACGAAUUUCAAGAAAUCCAAAUGUGAACAAAUUAAUGGCUGGCUUUCCUGUGAGGUCUUUGGACAGCUGGCUCUCAACUCUUGUUCAGCAAGGCUUUCAACUGGCAAUCUGUCCACAGUUUCCAGACAAGACACCAUCCACAUCUAAGCUACUUCAUCGUGAGGUUGUAAGACUUGUUACACCAGGAACACUGCUUGAUCCUCUCAAACCUGAUGCAAACUUCCUCAUGAGCAUUGCUUGUGGACCAGAUUCCUCACUUGGCUUUGCCUGGCUUGAUUUGUCAACUGGUGAGUUUCACCAUGGUGUCUCACAAGUAGAGAAUUUGGAAGAAGACUUGUCAAGAAUUAAUCCAGCAGAGAUUUUAAUGGCUGAAGAACAUCUGGAAAGUUUAGGUGCAAAGCACAAUCAUAAAACAGGGACAAAUAUAAAAAGGUCUACUUUAGAGAAUGUGAAAGAUUAUCACCUCACCAUUGUUCCUUCAGACUGGUUUACCGUGGAUUCAUUGCAUCAAGACAGUGCAUUGGCAAGAUUGUUAAAGUCUGUAAACUUUUCACAGUUUUCAUCCCUAGAGAUGGCUUCUGGAUCUGCUCUACUUAAGUUUGUAUCUUAUACUCAAAGAGACAUUGCUCCCCUUCUCAAUCAGCCAUCCAAGUUUUCACUUCAAACCCAUAUGGCAAUAGAUUCAAAUACAAGACGAGCUCUGGAACUAACCAAACCCUUGGUGGGUGCAGACUCAAAAGCUACACUCUUUGGAGUCAUGAAUAACACAGCAACUGCAUCAGGGCAAAGACUGCUUUAUUCUCGCCUUUGUGCACCCUCAAAUGAUGUUAAUGUGAUACAAAAAAGAUUGAUUGAGGUUGACUUCUUUUGUAUGAAUAGGCAUCUUGCCGAGGACAUUCAGAAGGCCUUGAAAUCAUGUCCAGAUGUAGAGCGUCAAAUGCAGAAGAUUGCCACAGGGGCUGCGAGUCUGAGUGACCUUCAUGCCAUAUACAGUGCAAUAGCUCUCUACAAAUAUAUUCUCUUGCUGCUCCACGAUACAUACUUUGAUGUUAACGUACGAGCCAUUGAGGAAUUGCUGAUGGAGGACUUCAGUUUGUUGGAUGAUUUGUACAAAGAGUUGGAUACAGCAGUUGGCAAAGUUGAAUCAGAACAUACCGUCAUGAAAGGCUACUCCAACAAGGCAGAUAAGAUAAAGGAGAAUCUGUACGAAAACGCCAAACAAGUUCAUGAGUUAAAAGAUGUUUACAGAGUGGGCCUGAAGAUUCCUCGUCUAACUAUCAGUAACCACAAGUCCUUUAUACGGGUCGUAGAAAUACCUUUGACAAAGAAAAACUCUCUAGAGGGGAAACAAGAUUUUGUUUUUCUGGAAAGUACCAAAGACAAAGCGCGCUAUAGCACCUUAAAACUACAAGAGCUGAAUGCGAAAUGGAAAGCUUUACAAGAAGAAAAUGAGACUAUUCAGCGGGAACUGUCUGAUGACCUUUCUCAUCAGGUGACUUCGCAUGCUGAAAGUCUGAAGAAAAUGGCUGUUGCGCUGGCUGAGUUGGAUGUGUCCUCUUCUCUGGCAGUUCUCGCUCUAAAAAGAGGUUAUGUCAAACCCAUCAUAGGAAAUCAAAAUGAAUUUCUUGUGAAAGGGGGUCGACAUCCUGUUGUUGACGUGCUUCAGCCUAACAGUUUUGUUUGUAAUGACUGUGACCUGAGCGAGAAGAACCUCUGGAUUAUCACAGGUCCGAAUAUGGGCGGUAAGAGUACAUUUCUUCGUCAAAACGCAUUGAUAGCCAUUCUCGCACAAGCGGGUUCCUUUGUUCCAGCACAGAGUGCGAAGAUAGGUGUUAUUGAUCGACUGUUCGCACGGAUCGGGGCCACUGACAAUCUAGCACAACAUCAAUCUACCUUUAUGACGGAGAUGCUGGAAACAGCUUUCAUCCUGGCUCAAGCCACCGAGAAGUCCUUAGUUGUUGUAGAUGAAGUUGGUCGUGGUACAUCAGUGCUGGAUGGUGUGUCAAUAGCGUGGGCUGUAGUUGAACAUCUCCACAGCUCCAUUAAGUGCAGAACACUGGCCUCAACUCAUUACUAUCAACUUGCCAAGCUGGCCCACACUUUGCCGCGUGUCGACUGUUACCACGUUACUGCCUUGCGCUCGAAAAAUGGGUUAAGUUUCACGUACAAAAUUAUGCGCGGAUGUGAUCGAAAAUCCUUUGGUAUCGAUGUAGCAAAACUUGCAGGGGUCCCUAUAACGGUUGAGGCUCGUGCGAGGGAAAUUCUCCAGGUUUUUGAGGACAAAGGAAACAGUUUUGAGGUUACUUUGGAGGAGGACAAACUAGUUCCAGAGUCUCAGGCAGCACAAAAAGGCAAAGAACACUCAAAUACAUCUUCUUUAAUCCCAGCGAACGAUUCGCAAGUUGAAAGUGAACUCACCAAAGCGCUUCUGGUGCUUAAUCCAGAGUUACUCACACCAAAGCAAGCUUUAGAGAUAAUUUAUGACCUACAGUCGAAAGCACGGUGUAAAUCCUCCUGAAAGAAUUACUAGUUAUUCUAACUACGUGUUACUUCUGUUACGAAGGGAUACCGCAAAACCUUCGAGUACGUCUGGGGAAGACGAAGGGUAGUGAAAUACAUUGCUUCGCCAUGCCGAGGAGAAUGCAGCUGCAGUCGGGCUCUGGAGUCCUUGUGACAUCGCGAUCCCUAAACCGGAAAUGAGAAUGAGAGCCAAAGCGGCAAGGAAUUCUUUUAUCUGCCUCCUCGUAUACUUAGGAGGUCUUAGACGACACUUUACAAUUGACUUCUGUGACACUGUAUUCAUGUUUUGGGUUUGCAACUUAUGUUAUUCAGAUAUUUUAAUUUUUUUCUCUCUUUGAGAACUUAGUUGUAGUAGUUAUGUUCAGGUGGACUUUGAGAAAUGAAACUUGCAAACAGUUGGCCCACAAAAUUCUACAGCAACAUUAAUAUUGCAGGACCUCUCGGGUUUCCAGUCAACUCGCCACGACUGAGAGUCAGAUCGCUACCGUUGGCGAAUUGACCCGUUGACGAUCAUCGUUGAAGGCUCUUUCUCUGGAUUUCUACAAGACGUUUUGAUUAAGGAGCACACCUCUCUAGGUAUUUCCUGAAACGGCGAACGAAAGUUUGGUUAUUAAAUUGCCGUAAGUCAGUGGUGACAAUCGAUGAGUUAACAAGUGCUCAAAUUUCCAAAAAUAAGCUUCGUAUUCGCUUUACACUUUCUUUAGGUUCAGUGCCCCGCGAGCAGAGGUCCCUUCGAUCUUCCUAGAAAUGUCGUGAAGAUUUCAAGGAAGAUCGAAGGGCCUUCUGCUCGCAGGGUAUAGGUUUAGUAACUUGACAGUCUUAUGAAAACUGCGUUCCGCAGAGCCCAGAAAUAAAUCAUUUAAGAUAAUACUUCAUUCUGAACGAUAUAAAUCGAAUAAUGAAUGUGGCUGUCGAAGGGAGCAUCCCAGACAUGGAUCAUGUUUACAUUAGGUACUGUCGGCCGACUUCUUUCUUUUGAGUGUUUAGCUAUCGGCUGCUAGUGUCAAAGUGUCGGCCGAUACGCGACCGGCACUCGAUCAAUACGUCGACCGACAGUAAACAUGAUCUCCUGACAUUCUCUUAGUUACUCUAACGAAUUCAAAAUUUGACUCGCUUGCCUAUCAGGAACCACUAGAGGACGACCAAGCGGCUUUUCUCCAAAAUCUUGAGCACAUUCUUAAUUUCGCAUCAUCAGAACCAAAAAUAAAUAAACUUCAAAAUCCAAAGUUUCAUUUAAUAUCAGUUUCAUUAGAUUUGAUCACGAACUGCAUUCAUAAGAACGAAACUCUUGUUGUCACGUUGAUUAUUCUUUGUUCUCAAAACAAUGAAAGGAGGCCAAGUCCAUUUCUGUUAACUCCGCUGUAUUUGUACGCACUCUUGAUGUCGCAUUAUACUACUACAUCUUAGCCUUCGAUUGAUGUAAGUUUUACAAGAUUUCAUAACCGUUAGAAAAUCACCCGACGAAAAUCACUGUGUUUCGCUGUACGUUAACUGAUCAUAAUCUUCGUGAAAUCAUAUUUUAUUUCAUUUAACGGUUAACGUUCCCUUUUUGAGUCCUCGAUUUUACCACACCUUAGCUUUUAUUUGAUGUAAGUUUCCUACGAAAGGCUACUAUAUCGGUCAAUUCGCCGACACACACUCGCCACCUAAGAGUUAAAUCGCCAAAUGGCCAUUGACUCUCAGUGGAGGUGAAUUGACCGUAAACCCAGGCAACACAAAACGUCCGAGUUAUAUCGCCACCGGUGGCGAUUUGAAUUUCAAUAGUGGCGAGUUGACCUGACACCACUUGAGGCUGUCGCUUCAGCUGCACCACUCUCAUCGAGACAAUCAGACCACGCAAUACCCAUUACUGAUUUCAAAUAAUCUACUUUACACAGCAUAACCUACUGAGUUUUACUUAAAAUGCAAUUAUACAGCUACAGUUUCAGUUUACAUCCAUAUACCGGUAAGUGUACGAAAAACUGACUGACGAUCUCUCAAACUAUACACACGCCUGAAAUAAAUACACAAUAUAUUUAUGUAUAUUUGGAAGUUCAACGGUAGACCGUACAAUAAAUAACACCUUAUACGUUCAAUGCGUCAACUGAUUAACCACAUUCAGGCAAAGAAAAUCGAAAAAGCGUUUAACAUACGUACGAAAUUGGUACCUAUUUACUUGAUAUAUGAAAAAGCUUGAUGCAUUGAGAAGUUAGCUGUCACAUCUUCACUGGUUCACCUAACUGAAUUCUCCUAUUCACUGCACUGAGACAAAAAUUUGACUUGGGCCAACCUCAACUGGCAGAGCUCUUAUCUUUUAAAUAAAGUGUGCCUGAAGGCCAAAUGCUCCACAGUAUGAUUGUUUUUAUGGUGGAGUAAUAUCUACAACCUACAAUCCAAUAAAACUGCGACAUUUUUAACAUUUUGUAAAUUUUGGUUUCGCUAUAUAUAGGUGUGCCACGGGUCAUAUUGAGGCUUUGGAUCACUUUGGACUGACUAACUGAAUUACUAAAUUGAUCGCAGUACUGUUGUUUCUCACAGUUUUAUAAAAGUUGUGCGAGAAUAAAAAAAAAAAGCCACCAGUAACUAUAAGGUAUUUAUAUCAUACAUUUAUUUAAUUAAUCUAUUCAACGGGCAUAUACUUAUAAUCAUGGUUAAAAAA